UCCAUUCAGCCCAGCAAGAUGUCCUGCUCCGACCUGAGCGUGCCCAAAAGCAGCAUCGCGUGCCCGCAGCCCAUYGCCGAGAGCUGCAACGAGCUGUGUGCGCGGCAGUGCCCCGACUCCACGGCCCUCAUCCAGCCGCCCCCCGUGGUGGUCACCUUCCCCGGCCCCAUCCUCAGCUCCUUCCCACAGCAGGCCGUGGUGGGCUCGUCUGGAGCUCCCGCCUUUGCGGGCUCCCUGGGCCUGGGGGGCCUCUACGGCGCCGGRGCCACGCUGGGCUCGGGGGGCCUCUGCACCUUUGGACGACCCUACGCUGCUCCUGCRUGCACUCCUUGCCCUCUGCCGCGCUACAGCAAGAAGCUCUGGGCACCCUGUGGCCCUUGCUAAA